UUUUCUAUUGGUUUGUCGGAUAGUUAGUUAAAACUCAAUAUUUAAAGAUUUGAUCAUUAUUUACUUUUACGAAUAUUUUAACAAAGUGAAGAUGGCUUUUUGGUAAUGAAACAGACUGAAAUAAAAUAUAAGUUAUUCUACGUGGAACAAGUUUUCUGUAAUAAAAAAAGACUGGAAUGCUGACGGAAGAAAAUACGUAUUUUCUGCGAGCCUUUCUACUUCUUGUGGAAGGUGGAGGUUACAUUUCGACAGAAAUCCUCGACAGAGAACGUCAAAACGAAGGUGGUGAUUUCGAUGACCUGCUACGAAAUUUUGAGCGUAAACUUCGACAUGAAUUUCAUGGAAAACAAUAUGAAAAGUUAUUCCCUUCUGCCGGUAACACCAAUACCGAAACUUGGGACUUGCAGCUGAAAAUUGGUGUGAUGUUAAAUAUCUUUAGACACACACUUUCUCUGACUGAAAAAGGGAAAUUACGAACGUUGCGUGAACUUCGGAACGACAUAUUCAUGCACUGUGUCUCAGCAUCUCUUGAUCAUGAAAAGUACGAAGAGGUACAAGAACAACUUGAAGAUGCUAUAGAAACAUUGGCGUCAACAUUCGCUGACUCUGUCAAGAACUGCUGCUCCGCUUAUAUAAGACAAUGUACUGUGGAGCCAUUAGACAAUUUAAGACCAUCCAUUGCAACAUUAAAUGGAUUAACUCCUGCCAGUGUUAGAGCCGUCCAUGUUCCUUUAGAUGUUGAGCUACGAGUUGUAUGUCUAUCAGAAGAACUGGCUGACCUUUCUUAUACUGCUCUUAACACUAUAUUCAACUUGGCUGCAAGCAACACAGAUGAAGAAACAGAUUCAAAAGAACUUGGUGAAAAUGUCCGCAAGCUUCUGGACUUUUUAGAAUCACAUAAGGAUGUGGUAUUCAAAGGUUCUAACAUCGCGUGCAUCAUACUUAAGUUCGAGUGUCGCAGCUAUGCCGGUAUGUUGUGUUUACUUCACAAACUGCAGAGUCCAGAGUUCAGGGUUCAUUUGAAUGAUAUUGCAGAUGUCUUGAUGAGACUCUAUCAGCAUGACUUCCCAAUAAACAUUUCGUCCAAAGUUACAACAGAGUGUUUACAGUCUGUUUUGAUAGACAUCAUUAAGACGGUACAUGAGGAGGAGCAGUCGAUCGGUUGUUUCGAAGUUGUAUCAGAUAACAAAAUGCAACACAGUGAUGGAAAUGAGACGCAAUUGAAACAGUUUACAGAUGAUGAUGAUUGCCAAGUUGUGGAAAGCACAAAAGCGCUAAAACUGGCUUUAGAAUGCGAAUCAAAAGAUGGGUUGUUUCAUAUUUUGAAUAUGUUUAAGGAGGACAGCUUGUCAGGUCGACUCACAUCUAUAGCAGAUUCUUUAUCACGCCUUUAUCAGAAAAAAAUAACUUUAAAGGCAUCUUUAAAUGUUGAAGAGGUCAUGACAGCUCUCGAAGAAGCAGUGUCUAAGGGGUGUAAACAAGAAGCGUUUUUACAUCAGAAUCGCGAAGAAAGCGGACAAGUGCAUGAACAAGAUCAGCUCAGUACCUAUGAAGAUUUUAAAAUUCCCUUCAGCGUCGGAAACACGUCACCAUUGCUGCCUCAUUCCGGGACAGUUGACAAAACGGCAUCUACCUCUGCAAACUGCAAAAAUGAUGCUACAAACGUGGUUAAAGGAAAUAGGAUAACACAGGUUAAGAAGCCAUACUCAAAGCUAUCCCCUGGUACAGCAAGAAAAAGAUCUUCGGCAAGAACACAAGCUGAACAGAAGAGACAAGGCAUGAAAGUUGGAAAGCAACAAAUGGAUCGAGGUAUCCCGACAGUACAAAAUGCACAAUUUCUAUCUGAAUCUGAUGAAGAGAGCAUUGACAGAAAAAUACUAAGAAGGCGGGUGAGUUUCAUAAAAUACUUUGCCGCCAUCAAAGAUGAACUUUCACAAACAGUGGCACUUUCUAUAGCAAAACAGUUGUUUCCCGGUGAUCAUACUCGAAUCUCUGCUAUAGAGUCUACGAACCGGAGGAGAAGUGCUGUUGAGUUACUGUUGAAAGAGGUGGUGUCAGGACCCGACGAAAUGCUUGAGGACUUCAUUAGUCUCUUGCGUGGAACUGAAGAAGGGAAGUUCUUUGUUGAGACAAUAGAAGCUUGGCAUGUUACAGAUUUUGAUGUUAAUGAGUAUUUCAAAAUAAAUUCGGGCAAUCAAGAAAAUGAAGAACACCGCCUAGAAUUUUCUGUUAAUGAUUGUAAAACUCUAAAGAGUCAGCUCAACAAUCGAGACUGGAUAGACAAGAUUAAUGACCGAAUGCUCUCAAGAUGUAAAUUCAGUAUUGUUCAGCACACAGAAGUUUGCAAAAGUUCCACGGGUAUUAAAUGUUUACUGGACAAUUUGCAGUUGUGUGAUGAAUACGUUUUCAAUGACUUCACAGAGAUUUUGAUUUCCCUGGGAUUGCAUGGGCUUGUAAAGAAUCUGGACAAGACGACACAGAAAAGAAAGCAUCUGUAUCUGUCAGAGAGCGAAUCCGAGACUGAACACGUUAGCAAACGCAUGAGGCAUCUUGAUAAACAUGUGGAGCGCUGUGUAGUGAAACUUAGCGGAAGACCUAACUCAGAUGUGAGAUCUAAAGUUCGUAAAUACAUAGGAGCUUUUGAUAUUGAGAAUGUAAACAGUGGUUCGAUAGUCAUAUCUUUGAAACCUGACGGCCCCGAAGCCUGGUUAAGUAUGGAGGAGAGCUGUCGCACAGGGAAGAUUAAAGAUUUUAUACCAGAGCUAUUUGACCAUGAAGAAGUGUAUGAUCAACUUCCGGAGGGGCAGGUUAUUCUUCAGUUAUCCAUCUACAGUGAACAGACAGAAGAAACAAAAAGAGCCAUUUUUGUUUUACACGACAGUGAAGAGCAAGAGUUCACAGGGAAGACGAAGUACAGUGGCAUCGAAGAUCAAGGCAAUCCCAUAGAAGACUGCCUUUGCGAAGAAUUAGAUAUUGAACAUAUAAAUGAUCUGCUAAAAGAAUUAAACGGGAAGAAGUUAGUGGACGACAGAUUUAUGCAGGAAAUUACAGAACUUAACAUGAGAACAGAGAAAGCAAAACAUCUUGUUAAGAAAAUAUAUUCACUCGGUCUAAACGGGAUAAGCAUUCUGAAGAACUACCUUAAAGACAAAAAAGAGUAUCUGUACCAGAAACUACGCGAAGCAGAGACUUUUGCUGGUGACGAGAUGGAAGAUAUGUCGACUGGAAGCGGGGAAAGACAGUCUAGAGGACGCAACAGAUACUCUGCAAAAAGGAAGAUAUUCUUUACGUGCACAGUAAUACUGCAGAUAAAGAAGAACGAGCGUGUGACAAGAGCGCAUGGAAGACGGAUUGAAAUAACUUGCCCCAAAAUAAGCGAUCGGGUUUGCCAUUUCGAAAAGAAAG